UAUUAUCAAAUCUUUUCGUUGUUGAAUAAAAAAAAAUUUGAUUAAAUGCUAAAUAUAUAAUAACUUGUAAAAUAAUAAAAACUCUUAAAUUAAUAUAAAAUAAAUUCAAGCAUAUUAAGAUAAUAAAAUUAUAUAGAAUUCAAAAUAAUAUAAAAUAUAAGUAAUAAAAUAAAACAAAAAAAAAAAAAGUAAUAUUAAAUCUCCUAAAUGAUUCCUAUAAUGAACUCCUCUACUGAUACCACCAAUACAUUUAAAAAAGAUCAUAAUUUAAAUUCACAAUUAACAACACAUAAAACAAAUCAUUAUGAUUUACCCGGAUUAAUGUUAUUUGAGAAUUUUACAAAUGAAAUAAAUAAAUAUAAUAUAACACAAGAACAAAUUGAAGCAUUUUUAUUAGCAGCUAGAAAUUUUACAUCAGUAACAAGUGGUAGUGAAUCUGAUUUAGAUACAACUGAUCCAAUAUGGUGUAGAGAGAUAAGACCAACAUUACAGCAAUAUGAAAGUUAUCAUGGUUAUGUUUCACUUUUGAUUUGCAUAUUUGGAACAAUAGCAAAUAUAUUAAAUAUUAUUGUAUUGACUAGAAAGGAAAUGUGUAAACAACCAAUAAAUAAAAUUUUAAAAUGGUUAGCUGUAGCUGAUAUGUUCGUUAUGAUAGAAUAUAUACCAUUUGCUAGUUAUAUGUAUAUAAUUUCACCAGUGCGAAAUGGUCGUUAUACGUGGGCAAUUUAUUUGCUAUUUCAUAUGCAUUUCACGCAAAUUUUGCACACAAUUUCAAUAUCUUUGACAGUUACCUUAGCAAUAUGGAGAUACUUGGCAAUCAGUUAUUUUUUUUGCAGACAUCCUCAUGGAAAAAUUUCAACAUUUGUAUUGUCACACUGCAGUGAAGCGAUAAUUUUUUCAUUUGUAAUUGCUCCAAUUUUAUGUUUACCAACAUUUUUUGUAUUCAAAGUAAAACAACUUGGUGAUGAAACAUAUCAAGUGGAUGCACAAACGAAUACAGAAUUAUAUAGUUUCAAUUUUUGGGUUCAUUCAAUUCUGAUAAAAUUAUUACCAUGUUGUAUAUUAACUGUGAUAAGUUUUAUAUUGGUACGAGUAUUAUGUGAGGCAUCAAAACGUAGAAUGAAAUUAAAAGAAUAUAAUAAUCCAAAUCCAUCAGUGUCAUUGAAUGGAUGUCAUAGUAGACCAUCAGCAAAAUGUGAUCGAAGACCAGAUAGAACAACAAUGUUACUAGUUGCUGUAUUAAUUUUAUUUUUAAUAACAGAAUUUCCACAAGGUAUAUUAGGUUUAUUAAGUGGUAUAAUUGGACGUAGUUUUUUAAAAGGCUGUUAUACAUCAUUUGGUGAAAUUAUGGAUUUAUUAGCAUUAAUAAAUGCAGCUGUUGGUUUUGUAUUAUAUGGUUUAAUGUCAAAACAAUUUAGGACCAGUUUUAAAUCAUUAUUUAUUAAAAAUCGUUUAGCUGGUAUUGAAAUGACACGUACAACAGUUCAUAAAUAUUCGAUAUAGUUUUUUAAUUUCAUUAACUAUCAUAUAAAUUUUAAUAAAGCAAAACAAAAAAAAAAAACGCAUAAUGUCCCAUUACAUUUUCUGUGAAAAAAAAGUGCAAUAUUCAGUGAUCAGUUCAUCUAUAUACAUAUACAAUGUAGUGAUUGCAGUCAUUUUUAAUAAUUACAAAA